AGUCCAGUUGCAAACUUCAUAUUUGACUUAGUUUAACGUUUACAAAUUGUUAUUUGAAAAACAGACCAAAUAGUAAACUCUGAGUUUCUGAUGUAUAAACCAAUGUAACUUGGCUUUUAACACAAACAUGCGGAUCGGAUAACAGUCAACUAAACCAAAAUGUUACAAAAUUAUGCAGACAAUGUGAUAAGUAAUGACAUGCUCGGUUUUGAAUGAUGUUGAGUGUGUCCUUAGAUCAUAUUGUCGUGUUUCAACUUCCUGCAACUUCCCUUCAGAUUCGGCUUCAUGAAAUUCUGUUGCAUGAUUGGCUUCUGCUUCCAAUAACUCUGUUACAUUCACAUGUUGGUUAGUCUAAUAGUCUCAGAAAAGAUUUCUGCAGCAUUCUCCUUUAUGCAGCAUGGUUGUAUUUUUAAAACUAUUGUUUUAACAUCCUCGAUUGGUCUCAUUAGUCUGUGCUCCAAGUCUGCUGUAUCAUGCUCAUUUACAACCACCACCGCUUCUACAAAUUCACCAUCUUGAAUAGAUUCUUUGUUAAACAAUUUGGUUACAUGCACAUCAGAUAAAGUUUCUACAUCAUCCUCGAUUGACUCAUCAUUAGUCUAUCUGCUGCUUCAUAAUCAUUUACAACCACCAUUGCUUCUUUAAACAAUUCUGUUACAUGCACAUCAAGUAAAGUUUCUACGACAUCCUUGGCUCCUUGCUUGGACUCAUUAGUCUCUUGCUCCCGAGUUUCUUUAUAAACGGAAAGUAAGUGGAAGUAAGUGAAAUGAGACGUUACUAGUUUCACUCCCGGGUAUAAAAAAAAUUAAGAAGUAGACUUGUUUUUAUUAGUGUGAAUGCGGAGAAGGAAAACAUUUAAUUGCUUUUUAGUUAUAAUUUUAUCCUUUUAUUCAAAAAAGUUACUUUUUAAUUAAUAAGAACAUAUUUGUCAUUUGAAUAUUUUUUUUUAAGUACUCUCACCACUUGCUUUCCGCUUUCCUCUGGAUCUCACUUUUGAAAUAUCAGGAGAUGUCUAAGACAUUAAAUUUUUUAUAGCUACUUAUUAUCAUUGAUUUUGAAGAAAUUUUAUUAUAAUUCCAAAAUCAAUAACAAUAAUAGGUACUAUCAGCUUUGUUUUGUUUUUGUUUCUUGCAUUCUGAUCUCCAGCAGAAUAUUGUCUUCUAAGUUUGCAAUUUAAUAAACGUGUCCUGAGAAAACAAGGAACAAAGAGAUCAAAGAAUACCCCUCCUCUGUUUCUUCUCCCACGCAAUCUCGUAUAAUCAUUUCAAAUUUGCAAGAAUUUGAAAGAUCAAAGAAUUACAGUAAUGGAUCAGAUUCUUGGCAAGGUGGGUUCUUUCUGGUUGAAUCAGAGAGCCACCAAGGAGCUUUCUUCCAUGGGUGAUAGUAUCAAUUCAAUGUCAAGCAGUAUUGAAGGGGGAGCGACAUGGUUGGUCAACAAAGUAAAAGGAAAAAUGCAGAAGCCACUACCAGAACUGCUCAAGGAGUACGACUUGCCAGUAGGCAUCUUUCCUCGUGAUGCAACAAACUACGAGUUCAAUGAACAGACGAAAAGAUUAACAGUGUACAUACCUGCAAUCUGUGAAAUAGGUUACAGAGACUCGUCUGUUUUGAAGUUCUACACCUCUGUAAUUGGAUAUCUGGAGAAAGGAAAGUUAAAAGAUGUGGAGGGAAUGAAAACAAAGGUGAUGAUCUGGAAAUCAGUAACAUGCAUCACCUGUGAAGGAUCAAAACUUUACGUCACAGCUGGAAUGAAGAAAACAAGAAGUAGAGAGGCUUAUGAGGUUCAAAGAGAUGGAAUUCGCGUAUCAAAAUUUUGAGCUGAGAAUCACUACUCCAAUAUAUCACUAUAUAAUUUACAUCUUGAGGGCCUCUUGAUCCUUCUCCUCUUUUCAUUGCUGUAGGCCUCACUUUGAUCAUUUUAUGAUGCAUGCAAUAUGAUAAAAGGUCAAAAGAUCCGCCACAAUAUUCAAAUCGCGGCAUCUAGGGUCUUUAACUGUGUAAUUGAAGGAAUGUUGUAAUAUCAUGAAGAUAAUAUUCUAUCAUAUCAUGAAAAAUUCUGGCUCAAGAA